UCAACAUCUCUUGACGAAACCCUUGGUCAACCUCCCUGUUUGGCAUCGCACCGCAUUCACGUCGGUUCCCGAGACAUCGCAAUUCGACCGGCAUCAUGGACUCUGUUCUGCGUCAGUCCAAGGCGGUGUGUCCUUUCAUGAAGAAGGCCACUGCCGCGGGGCUUCGCGCCAUGUCGACAGCCACCCCUUCCAACGUGUCCCCCGGCGGCGGCGCCAUGUCUAAGUUGCAGGUUCUCGCUCGCCGCUGCCCCGUGAUGGGAAAGGCCAUGGCAAUCCAGUCCGCUCGCAUCGGACACGCCGCUGGCUUCUCCACCGUCGCUGCCAAGUCUGGCGUGUCCACUUUCCACGGCCAUGAGAAGACUAGCAAGGCGAAGCUGCACACCAGCCGCUCCCAGGAGGCUCAGGCCGUUGACGCGUCGGUCUUCACCGGUCAUGAGAAGGUCCAGCUACCUCCCCGCCUUCCGAACAAGCAGCACGUCGGCGCUAGCCCGGCUGUCGCCACGCGCCCCAGCGCCUCGAGCACUCGUGCAGGCAAAUUCGACUAUGAGGGUUUCUACAGCCGCGAACUGGAGAAGAAGCACAAGGACAAGUCGUACCGCUACUUCAACAACAUCAAUCGUCUUGCCAAGGAGUUUCCCCGUGCGCACAUGGCUAGCAAAGAUGAGAAGGUCACUGUCUGGUGCGCCAACGACUACCUAGGCAUGGGCCGCAAUCCGCACGUCCUAAAGGCGAUGCACGAGACUCUCGACGAAUACGGCGCCGGCGCCGGCGGCACGCGCAACAUCUCGGGCCACAACCAGCAUGCGGUUGACCUGGAGCGGACAAUUGCAAAGCUCCAUGCGCAGGAAGCCGCACUGGUCUUCAGCUCGUGUUACGUGGCCAACGAUGCCACUUUGGCCACGCUGGGGAGUAAGAUGCCCGACUGUGUCAUCCUGUCGGACAGCCUGAACCAUGCCUCCAUGAUUCAGGGUAUCCGCCACUCGGGCGCGAGAAAGAUCAUCUUCAAGCACAACGACGUGCAGGACCUGGAGGAGAAGUUGGCUUCUCUCCCGCUUCACAUUCCCAAGAUCAUCGCUUUUGAGUCGGUCUACAGCAUGUGCGGCUCGGUUGGCCCCAUCGAGGAGAUAUGCGACCUCGCCGACAAGUACGGCGCCAUCACUUUCCUUGACGAAGUCCACGCUGUCGGCAUGUACGGCCCGCACGGAGCGGGCGUGGCAGAGCACCUUGACUAUGAGGCGCACCUUCAGGGACGGCCCGCCGGUACCAUCAUGGAACGCAUCGACAUCAUUACGGGCACCCUCGGCAAGGCCUAUGGCUGCGUUGGUGGUUACAUCGCCGGCAGCGCCAAGCUCGUCGACACCGUGCGCUCCCUCGCACCGGGCUUCAUUUUCACCACUUCUCUCCCUCCCGCCGUCAUGGCCGGUGCGCGGGUGGCCAUCGAAUAUCAGAUGCAACACCAGGGCGAUCGGCGCCUGCAGCAACUGCACACGCGCGCCGUCAAGGAGGCGCUCCAGGAGCGCGACAUUCCUGUGAUCCCUAACCCGAGCCACAUCAUCCCCAUCCUCGUCGGCAAUGCCGAGCUCGCCAAGCAGGCUAGCGACAAGCUCCUGCACGAACACGGCAUCUACGUGCAGAGCAUCAACUAUCCCACCGUACCCGUCGGCCAGGAGCGCCUGCGCAUCACCCCAACCCCGGGUCAUACCAAAGAGUUCCGCGAGGAGCUGGUAAACGCGAUCGAGACCAUCUGGUCCGAGCUUGGCAUCAAGCGCACCAGCGACUGGGCGGCCGAAGGCGGCUUCAUCGGUGUGGGCGUUCCGGGUGCCGCUCCCCCGGAACCGCUCUGGACCGACGAGCAGCUGGGCAUCGCUGAGGCGGCACGCACGCUGCUGCAGACUGCCGAGGCGGAGCAGAAGGCUUCCCCGUUGACGGGCGGCUUCACGGAGAGACUGCUCGAGAGGGAGAUGCAGAGCCUGAGGAGCGCUAGCGUUUCUGCUUAAGGGCCCCUUGAGUCUGCCAUCGGUCCUCUCGACCAGAGGGCACACACACUCUCUCUUCCCUUCUCUGCCCGGUCUAUCUCAUCCGGAGCGCCCUUGCUGCUUUGCGCCUAGGGGGAGCUCAUCCGACCCGUCUGUCUUGUCUGUCGCUACCUGAAGCCAUCUGGUGUAUGCGUGUACGCAUGUGCCCUUGAGUUAAAGACCAGAGACGUGA